AUGAGUGGUAUUUACAAUGAUUUGAGUCUUACCUUAUUCGUUAUCAGGGUAGGGUGGUGUGGGACAUCGUCAAGGUCGAUUGGCUCCGUUGAAGACGUUGGAGGUGGUGAUGCGCCGGUUUUUCUCUUCCGCUUGCUUCUCCUUAACGUUGGCUCCACGGUUUUAGUUGGUGAUGCGGCUGAUCGCGGGAUCAGGUCUUCCCCUUUCCUAUCCCUGAUUCUGCAAGUGCACAGGUCAGAAGUAGUAAACGGGUAUCGAACACAAGGACCAGAUUACACACUACAAGUUAUGAGUUUGAGAACAAGCUAG